AUGUCCUUCCUCUACCAAACAACUCCCGUGCUCCGCACCGCAGUUCGAUCAUCUCUUGUGCGCUCGUCGCCUCGCCUCUUCUCUACCACAGUCCUCCAGAAGAAGUCGGCUACCGAUUCCGUCAAGGACGGCCUCAAGACUGUCGACCGAGCAGUCUCAGAUGUUGCAGUUGCCGGUAUCGACAAAGGAGUCGAACUGAAAGACAAAGCUGCCGAAGCCAUCGGUGUCGAGACCAAGAAGGCCGAGGGCACCGCGUCCCAAGUUGCCGGCGAAGCCAAAGGAAAAGCCGCCGAAGUCAAAGGCCAAGCAAAGGGCAAGGCGGAGGAAGUCAAAGGGAAGAUGUCGUGA